ACACCCACACUGAACACACCACACAUGACACUAGGAGUCACUACUUCCAAUAUCUACUCCACAGGGAGCACAAUGACAACCACCACAACCCCUACACCCCUUACAUCCAGUACCCCGGAGACCAUCACCACCACAACCCAGUCCUCUGUUGGUACAGACACGCGUACCACAGCACUGACACCCACCCCCACCACACCCAGGCCUUCAACAGGUCCACUGACCACUACGAUCAAUCUCACUUCCACACCCAUUGUUUCCAGUAUGUCGGCAACCACCGCAAAUACCAUCCCUUCUUCCCUCACUGCGCAAACUACAGGCACAACAACCAGUGCCAUCACCACCACGGCUACGACACUUACAAUGACACCCACGCUCACCACUUCCCACAGCACUCCAACUCCCUCUGUCCAGACAAGCAUCCCCGUUACCUCUUCAGGCCCCUCUUCCACAUCCACAAGCAGUCCCAGCACCACUGGCACAGAGAGGACCACUUCGUCUGUGAUGAGCACACAAACCCUGCACUCAACCACUGAAUCACACUUGGCAUCCACUCCCACCUCUAUAGACAUGACAUCCACCACCAUGGGACCACCCUCCUCUACUGCAGCCACCACAGGAGGAGUGGAGACCGCUGUCACACCCACUAACACCACAUCCACCUGGAAAACCACACUUGCUCCGACCCUUGAUGUGUCUACAGAGUCUGUCAUGACAGAGAUUUCUCCUACUCUCACGACCACAACAUCAGUCGCUCUCACAACUACCCACGCUUCUCCAGUGACCGCUACCCCUUUAACAUCACACACGCAUCCAUCUUCUGCCCCUGCCCCAACCACAGAAUCACCGUCCACACUGACUACUACCACUACCACUCUGACCACCCUGACUACCUCACCCCACACCUCUCACGCCUCAUCCACCCCUACAGUUCCCACUGGCACCUUCAGCACAGACACCACUGAUAUCACCACCCCAGCACACCCCUCAACACUUGCCACCUCAACCGCACUCACUUCGCUCAGUCCCCCUAAUACAGACACAGUCACCACUGCUACCACAUCCUUGGUAACAACACCCACACCGAACACACCACACAUGACACUAGGAGUCACUACUUCCAAUAUCUACUCCACAGGGAGCACAAUGACAACCACCACAACCCCUACACCCCUUACAUCCAGUACCCCGGAGACCAUCACCACCACAACCCAGUCCUCUGUUGGUACAGACACGCGUACCACAGCACUGACACCCACCCCCACCACACCCAGGCCUUCAACAGGUCCACUGACCACUACGAUCAAUCUCACUUCCACACCCAUUGUUUCCAGUAUGUCGGCAACCACCGCAAAUACCAUCCCUUCUUCCCCCACUGCGCAAACUACAGGCACAACAUCCAGUGCCAUCACCACCACGGCUACGACACUUACAAUGACACCCACGCUCACCACUUCCCACAGCACUCCAACUCCCUCUGUCCAGACAAGCAUCCCCGUUACCUCUUCAGGCCCCUCUUCCACAUCCACAAGCAGUCCCAGCACCACUGGCACAGAGAGGACCACUUCGUCUGUGAUGAGCACACAAACCCUCCACUCAACCACUGAAUCACACCUGGUGCCCAUUCCCACCACUAUAUACACGACAUCCACCACCAUGGGACCACCCUCCACUACGGCAGCCACCACAGGAGGAGUGGAGACGACCGACCACAUCAGUCGCUCUCACAACUACCCACACUUCUCCAGUGACCGCUACCCCUUUAACAUCACACACGCAUCCAUCUUCUGCCCCUGCCCCAACCACAGAAUCACCGUCCACACUGACUACUACCACUACCACUCUGACCACCCUGACUACCUCACCCCACACCUCUCACGCCUCAUCCACCCCUACAGUUCCCACUGGCACCUUCAACACGGUCACCACUGCUACCACAUCCUUGGUAACAACACCCACGCCAACCACAGCACAGAUGACACCAGUGGUCACUACUUCCAAAAUCUACUCUACACAGAGCAGAACCACAACUACCACAAAUGCAACACUCGCUACAUCUGGUACCCUGGGAACAACCACCAACAGAGCCUUGUCCUCUGCACCUGUGACAAUGGUGGCACUUGGAUGCAGGGCCGCUGCCUCUGCCCCUCGGGGUUCUCUGGGUACCGCUGUGAGCUCCAGGAGAUCAGAUGCCAGAAUGAGGGUACCUGGGAUGGCCUCAAGUGUCACUGCCCCAGUGCCUUCUAUGGCUCCCGUUGUGAGUUUGCUGUAGAACAGGUGGAUUUGGGUUCUGGAGCCUUCCGCAUUCCUAGUCUCCAGGUCCCCUCUCCAUCUUCAAACCAGCAGCAUUGCAUCUCUGUGCCUUUCUUCCACAGUCACAUCUUCCUCUGA